GGGUGGGGGUGGGGGGGUCUGGGGGGUGAUGUGUGCUGUAUGAACCUCCUGAAGUCCGUGGAGUCGGUGGAGAUCGUUUAUGUGGGCGAAUUGCACAGAAGCCCAAGAAAGUCACUGGUCACCUCAACAGCACUGAUCAGUUUCACUGACCAAAGCCACAGGAGCAGGAGGAAAAGGCAAUCAAUCGCCUUAAAAAACACGAUUGGAAAUAACAGCAUUGUGAAGUAAUUUUGAGAAGUUUUGACAAUAAAAGGAGGAAACCGCUAAGACUUGGUUAUUAACAACUGGCUGGUUUGUGUUUACUGGGCGAGCCAACUGGCUUUUGACCAUGUCAAUAGCUUUGAAGCAGGUGUUCAAUAAGGACAAGACGUUUCGGCCAAAGAGGAAAUUUGAGCCGGGCACUCAAAGGUUUGAACUGCAUAAGAAAGCUCAGGCCUCUCUAAGCUCAGGGGUAGACCUAAAAGGUGCUGUCCAGCUGCCCAAUGGUGAAGACCUGAACGACUGGAUUGCUGUUCACGUGGUGGACUUCUUUAAUCGUAUUAACCUGAUCUAUGGGACCAUAUGUGAGUUCUGCACCGAGAGGAGCUGUCCCAUCAUGUCAGGAGGACAGAAGUAUGAAUAUCGGUGGCAAGAUGAUCACAAGUAUAAAAGGCCCACUGCACUACCAGCCCCACAUUAUAUGAGCCUUCUGAUGGAUUGGAUUGAGGUCCAAAUCAACAAUGAAGAAAUCUUCCCAACAAGCAUAGGAAUUCCCUUUCCCAAGAACUUUCUGCAGAUCUGCAAGAAGAUUCUCUGUCGACUCUUUCGAGUCUUUGUUCACGUUUACAUUCACCACUUUGAUCGGAUCAGCACCAUGGGAGCAGAGGCACACGUCAACACCUGUUAUAAGCACUUUUAUUACUUUGUAACAGAGUUUAACCUGGUAGACCGCAAGGAAUUAGAACCAUUGAAAGAGAUGACAGCACGAAUAUGCCACUGAAGUACUGCUCCACAAAAGAAGAUGUUACGAAUAGUCCAGUUACCUGCAGACUCUAUUGAGUACCCGCACGCAGCAAAUAUAUCUGCUCUCUGCUCGUCUCCAUGACCCCACAAUCGAGAGGGUCAAAGACAGAAUUUUGUUCAGUGACGGCCGCCAAUAAGUAUUUCUUCUGCGUUUCACUGGUCGUAAAUGUGAACAUUAAGCAGCACAAAUAUUACAAAAAAAAUUGUCUAUAUUUACAUGAUUCAUCUCUUUUUGAUUAAGCAAGGUCCA